AUGGCUAAUUAUGCCGCACCCACAGAACAAGAGAAAGUCCUUGAGGCGUACCGCCGCCUCACGCGCGAUCAACUCCUCCUCUUCCUCCGCAUCCGCAACCUCCCCAUUACCGGCUCCGACUCCGAGCUAGCCUCGCGCCUCGCACAAUUCGACAUCCACACCUACCACCUCUCCCAUCCCCAGCGUUCUACAUCUAUACAGGACGAAACCCCCGAUGCGACCAAGGUGCGCAGUCGCCAAGUGCUCGCGCCCGACCUUCCCGUUGAGAUACUUGCGGACAUCAUGGAUCAAGUCGGCGACUGGGAGCUCGCUAAAGCUGUCGGCGUUCCUACCUCCCUCCCACCACCCCAGCCAUGGGCGCGCGCGCACUCGUCCGACUACGCCAUUCUCUCCGGAUACAUCCCCCUUAUCCGCGCGGCCGAUCCAGCCACCCACCGGCCCACGCGCGUGAGCGCCGUGCUCGUGGUACGAUUCAGCUACGUGCACGUCCUCGAAUACUUCUUCACCCACCACCGCGCGCUCUUCCUCUCCCUCUACAAAGACGACCUGCUCCCCAUCACCGCGUCGCUGCACGGUCGCACGGCCGUGCUCUCCUGGUGGAAGUACACGCACGACGCGCAUCCGGACAUCCUCCCGCCGCCCAGGGCGCGCUCCGUCGCGGAGGCCAUCGACGGCGCCUCGCGCCACGGCCAGGUCGCGUCGCUCGACUGGUGGCUCAACUCGGGGAUCCCGCUCGAGUACACCGAGGCCGCGCUCGAGAGCGCGUCGCAGAAGAACCGGAUCGCGGUCCUCGACUGGUGGAAGGACAAGGCGAAUUCCCCGCUCUGGCGGCUACCGCUCAAGAUCGGGCGCGUGAUGGACAUGGCGAGCACCGCCGGCAACCUCGACGCGCUCGAGUGGUGGGCCGCGUCCGGGCUGGAGCCCAAGUACGACCGCCAGGCGCUCUACCACGCCAGCUGCCACGGCAAGGUCGAGGUCCUGCAGUGGUGGCUCGGGAGCGGGCUCCAGAUGGUGCUGGAGUGGUGGGACAAGAGCGGGUUGCCGAUCCAGUACCGGAUGUGCGACAUCGAGGAGGCCCUGGAAGACGCCAUCGGCGGCGGGGAGAAGGCGCGAGAGUGGUGGCGGAAGAAAGGCGUCGACUUCAACGCGAACGACAAAGACGUCCUCCCGGUGCGCGCCUACCGCCAAUGGGAAUCGCUUCUAUAA